CACCCCCCCCUCACCCCUCACCCCCUGUCGUUGCCAUGGAACAUAAAGUUGGCAACGAGAGAUGGAGGAAAUGUUUCCUGAAGUGUCAGCAGAAAGAAACAAAGACAAGGGGAAAAGGAAAGGAAGGAAGGAAUAAAGAAAGGAAAGGAAGGAAGGAAGAAAGAAAGAAAGGAAGGGGAAAAAGGGAAAGGGUGGAAGUAGAGAAGGAAAGGAGAGGAAGGGGGGAGGAAAGAAACGAUGGAGGGAGAAAAGACAGGGAAAUAGAGGAAGAAAGGAAGGGACAAAGAAAGGAAAGGAAAGAAGGAAAGAGAGAAGGGAAAUGAGGACAGGGAGAAAAGGAAGGAAGAAAUAACAGAAAGGAAAUGAAGGGAAGGAAGAGGUAAAGGAAAUAAAAGAAAAGGAAGGAAAGAAGGAAAGCAAACAAAGAAGGAAGGAAAUGAAAGACCAAAACAAAGAAGGAAAAGGAAGAAAAAAAGUGGAAGGAUGGAAGGAAAACAGCUGGUCACAGGAAAUAGUUCAUUUGUUGGGGACUAUUUUAACUGGCGGACUAACAUAUGUUCAGUGCAGCAGGAUCUUGUAUCAGGCUGUGAUCUUGACUCAAAAACUACAGCAGUAGCUCUCAACCUAGUUUCAAGACACAGUGGCCUCAGAGAGUCUUCAAACCUCUUCAGUUUUAGUGCAAUUUAUUGUGAUUUAGUUCAUUUUUAAAUGGAUAAAAGUGCCCACUGUUUUCUUUAACUAUCCAUGAGCACUUGAUUGGAGUCCACCUGUGUCAAAUUGAACUGAUUGGAUGCAGUUCCGAAAGGCACGCACCUGUAUAUGAGGACCCACAAUUCACACUGAAUGUCAAGACAAAAGCCAAGCCUCAAAGUCUGAGACCUACAGUGAAGCUUGAUGGUGGCAGCAGAACCAGGACAACUGGUCAGAACUGAAGGAAGCAUUGACUGCAGCCAGAUUUAGAGAGGUCCUUGAAGACAUUAUUGGAGAGGCUUUAGGACAAGUCUCUGAUUGUGGUCCAACCAAAGUCCAGACUUAAACCCCUAAAAAAAAAAAGCAUCUGUGGAGAAACCUGAAUGGAGGUUCACAGAUUUUACUGAUCCGAUCUGACAGAGGUUUAGAGGAUCUGCCAGGAAGACUGGGAUGAACCAUCCAAAUCCAGAUAUGGAGGAGAGGACGAGUGCAGGGUCAUGGGCGAGUGGAAGUCGUUCUUCCAAGAGUUAUGCAGAUGGGUCUCAGUACAUGGCGUCACACGACAGCCUCUCACCUCCGUACGCCAACUCCAGGCUAGCAGGUAAAACGGAGAGGAGUUCGUACUUGUACGGCAGAGAGUCAAACCCGCACUGCCACCAGUCGAUACUGGGUGGCGAGUUGGGUCUGGGGAGUCCGGGCGCGGCGUCGCCCACCAAGCCAGCCGGUCAGUACUACCAGCACUACGGCUCCAACCCGCGGAGGAGAACGCUGCAUAUGGACACCAUGGACAUUCACACAAAAAAAGUGCGGAAGGUCCCUCCCGGCUUGCCGUCCUCAGUGUACGCUCCGUCUGCCAGUACAGCCGACUACAACAGGGACUCACCGGGUUAUCCCUCCUCCAAACCUCCCAGUGCUGGCUUCCCAAGCUCAUUCUUUAUGCCAGAUGGUCACCACAGUGGGGAUCCCUGGAGCAGCAGUAGUAGCAGUAUGAGCCAACAAGGUUACCAUGGCAGCAUGCUGGGGGGCGGGAACUCAGCCCACGGCCCCGCCCAGAGCUCCUCCUACUGCGGGAUUCACCCUCACGACAGACUGAGCUACCCGUCGCACUCGUCUGCAGAUAUCAGCUCCAGCCUUCCUCCCAUGUCCAGCUUCCACCGAGGGGGAGGGAGCGGAGGUGGAGCCAAUCACUACAGCACUGCCUCUUGCACCGCCCCCACCAACGGCACAGACAGCAUCAUGGCUAACCGAGCACAGAGCGGAGCAGCCAGCAGCUCUCAGACAGGAGACGCCUUAGGGAAAGCGCUCGCAUCGAUUUACUCUCCAGACCACACGAACAACAGCUUCUCGUCCAAUCCCUCCACCCCAGUUGGCUCCCCGCCCUCCCUCACAGCUGCCAGUUCAGCUGUCUGGUCGAGGAACGGUGGACAGGGAGCAUCAUCGCCAAACUACGAGGCUCCGCUGCACUCGCUGCAAAGUCGUAUCGAGGACCGCCUGGAGCGUUUGGAUGACGCCAUCCACGUCCUGCGGAGCCACGCGGUGGGACCAUCUACGGGUAUGACCAGCGGGCAUGGCGACAUGCACAGCCUCAUCGGGGCCGCACAUACGCACAAUGGUGCCAUGGGUGCUCUGGGCAGCGGGUACGGGACGGGACUGCUGUCGGCCAACAGACACUCCCUCAUGGUGGGCUCUCACAGAGAAGACGGCGGCGGUGGUGGCGGCGUGGGCGGUUUGCGCGGCGGACACUCGAUGGCGGGUCAGGUGCCAGUGCCUCAGCUGCCCGUUCAGUCAGCCACCUCGCCAGACCUCAGCCAGCCCGACCCCUACCGCGCUCUGUCCGGAGGCCUUCAGGGCCAGAGCACCUCCUCCGUCAGCUCAGAGAUCAAGUCUGAGGACGAGGGGGACGAGAACCUCCUACAGGACUCGAAGCCCCUGGACCCCAAGAAGGAGGACGUCGACGGCAAGGAGUUAAAAGCUAUUGAGAGGUCAAGAUCUAGCAACAACGACGACGAGGACCUGUCUCCGGAGCAGAAGAUGGAGAGAGAGAGGGAGCGGAGGAUGGCCAACAACGCACGGGAGCGCCUGCGCGUCCGCGACAUCAACGAGGCGUUCAAAGAGCUGGGCAGGAUGGUCCAGCUGCACCUGAAGAGUGACAAACCUCAGACCAAGUUACUGAUCCUGCACCAGGCCGUGGCCGUCAUCCUCAGUCUGGAGCAACAAGUCCGAGAGCGAAACCUGAACCCCAAGGCAGCCUGUCUGAAGCGCCGCGAGGAGGAGAAGGUGACCGUGACGUCGGACGGGACCCCCCUCUCGCUGGCUGCCGCGCACCAUGCCGCCGCCGCCAUGGGCGAUGGGUCGAACCCCAUGGGACAAAUGUCUAAGGUGCCAGAGUUCAUCAAGAUGAUGAGUGACCACUUCCUCUGACGGCGUUUCCAUGACAACCCAGCAAUCGAUCAAACCCGUUGUUGCUUCAGCCUGACCAAUCAGAUCAGCCUCUUUCUCUCCUCUCGUCUGUCGUCUCUGAUCGUCCUCUUCGCCUUUGUCUCCCUCCUCUGUCAAGAACACAAACUGCAGAGUCACAUUAGUCGCUUUCGUCACUUUGCAUCUCCAGCUGAAGUGAACUGGAUGCUACUUUGUGGAGACGUUAAAAUGGCCGCUGUAACAUGGCUGCUACAAAGUGGAAGUUUGUGGGAGCUUUUCAAGCGAAGUGACAGCUAUGGACAAAAGUCUUUGGAAUCACAUCAUCCAAGAAAUUCUUCUUGUACUACUUGUUUUAUCAGCAUUCCCAGUUUUAAAGAACAAAAGGGUUCUAUAUAAAAAUAUAUAUAGUAUAUAUAUAUGAGAAAAGGAAAAAAUGAUGAAAAACUCGUUUAAAAAAAAAGUGCAACUGGAUGCGGGCAAUGAGGAGGCUAGGGGUUGGAUAGGGUUGUUCAGAAUGGAACAAAACAUAUCACAAAGUGUUUAAAGAGAUUUUUGUUUUUGUUUUUUUUUAAAGCAACAUUGCGCAGCUGUUGUUGAACGCAGCCUCAGCGCAUCUCUGACUGAAUGGCAAUCUAACGCCACACUGUGGAUGAAGCUGUGCCUGAUCUCCUCUUGGAUGCAAACCAGUCAGAUAGAUACACACGGAGAAGCAAAGCAAACACAACUUAAAAAAAGAAAGAAAUAGAACAGGAACUUUCCAGGAAGUAUCACCAGAAGCAGGCUGCACACUCAUACAUCCCCUUACAAACCACACAUCCUCAAGUAUAAAUUAACAUGAAGAAGAGAUCAGGAAGUAAAAUCUGUUGUGACCCUAUUGAUUUUCGGAGGUGCUUGGAUGGCUGAGUGAUCUGAACAAAAAGUUCACAAAUGCUUUUUGACUUAUUAAGGUUGCUAAGAAAGAGACAAGACAACAACAAGAAAAAGGGGCAACACGUUCUUCCCCCUCUGACGCAUUCCCUCCUUAACAUUUAGAUUGUAAGUGUAAAAUAAAUACAAACAUUUAUGUUUCAUGCUAAUAGCCACGUUGACUUUCUUCAGACUGCAAAAUUGUACAACUGAAAAGUUUUUACAAAUACAGAAACCCUCAACAGUUGUUGUACCCAAAUGGCCCGUGUGUAUCUACUGGGAGGAAGAGAGUACUAAGAGAAUCAAUCAAUUAAUCAAUCAAUCAGUGAGUGACUCCAGAGGGUUUGGGGUGUUUAAAUUGUUGAUGGUAGAGGAAUAACAGGAGAGAGACAGGGAGCAAGAAUCAUGCAGUAAUGUAAAAGUGUACUUCUAAAUGCGGCAGAAAGGCAAGGCUUUUCUUGACAUCUUCAUCUGAGGUUGUUGUCAAACGUUUCUAGUGCUGAUGCAAAAACAAUAACAAACAGAAAGCUCUAGCAAACAUCCCGAAUCAGAGUUCUUUGUCGGAUAUUCAGCAGCAUCUGCAGAGCAGGCAGAGUUUGAGACUGGUGUUCAAACUGAUCCUGAAAUGAAAUUAUGACUGGGCAGAUGGUUGAGAGGAUGGACACAUGAAAGAAAAGACAGAUAGAGGGAAGAGGGCUGGACUGAGCACUGAAGUGAAUUCUAUUCCACAUUUAGCACAUUCCCUGAAUCACAAUCGCUCUACUUGAAUCGAGUGCUCCCGAUGUCCUGAAGGCCUGAAGUACAGGAGGUGGGGGGGAGUCAUGGAAGGGGAAAGCAGGAUUGAGAUGGGCCAUCAUCCCAAGGAGUUGGAGGUCGAGGGAGACAAAGAAAAACAGAGAAUCCAGAGGUCUAAAUGGUGAUGACGGUGCAGGGGAAGCAAGGGAACAAUCAUUGGGGUGACGGGUGUCUAAUUUUUUUCUGGGGGCCAAGCAGCUGUAGUCAAAGCAUUCCUGUAUUGGAUUCAUUAGAUUCCCUCAUUUCCUGGUUCGGUGUCUGUCCAAUCAUAACUCUAAACCUCUAACCCCAACUUCAGAUUUCUCCUCUGCCCCAUGUACCAACCUUGAUGGGGCUUUCUGAUCGACACUAGGUGUUUGGCAAAAUAGCGGACAAAUCAAAGUCAUUGUUGAGGUGACUGUUGCUGCAACUAUCAUCAACGUCUCAGUUCCAGUGGGAUUCAUGUUAGAGAAGAGGUUGGUACUGGAAAACUACAUGUCAGUGUUGGACAGGAGUUGGGAGGAAUGUUAGGAAGAAGUUGGUGCAUAAUGCUGCUCUGGUUUCAGGUUUGGGCAGCUAGAUUAGUCAGGCUUGCAGAUGAGCAAAAGAACAAUUGGUGCUCCCAUGUGAAGCAGGCCAAAUGUCAGCGGACUCUGGCUCAUAUAUGACAGCCAGAUUAGGCAUGGUUUUAGGGUUUCAAACUAGCAGCUUUCAGCUUCUUUGGGCCAGGGGUGGUCCCCAGAAUCAAGCAUUCAUCAUAAGUUUGGUAUGAACUUAACAACCAGACAUGCCUGAGGUAGACCACAAUUGGGCCCAGUCCUUUUGAUCAUCAUGGUUUGCUCAAGAUGCAUGAAUUUUUGUUACCAAUAUGCUUAAUUGAAUCAGCUGAAACAAGAUGAGUAGUAUACAUCUGAGAGAGGUUCAAUCCAGAGGCCGAGCCAAUAAUAUUCCCUCAGAAUUUCAAAGUGUUGCCUCUUGUACUUGGACUUACCCAGUUUUCCUGCAUAGAUGCUCAAUGAUCCCUUUGAAUUCUGAGUGAUACAAGUUUGGGAAAGAAAGUGACAGGAUCAGGACAAGGUGACAAAAGUCAUGACUGCAACCAGGUAGAAACAGGACUAAAUAAAUCAGCACAGGAUAACUUUAAGGCUAGUUGGAAUACCUGCAAGAACGUCCAUUGUUUUGUGGUGUCAAUCUGAAAGCCCUGUUUCACAUUCACCCCAAUGUAAACCCUUCUCAAUCUAGGCCUAUGUUUAAUCCCCAGUCCCAGUACUGUCUUCUCUGCUGACCCUAGCCUUAUUAGCCCUGAAUGAGAGUCCUAGCCCCCCUCCCCAGCCUCUCGCCCCUCCUAAGCAGUCCCACAGAUGCAAUUUGAACAUUCACACUUCUACCAAUGUGCCUUUUUAGAGUUCAUAUCAUUCGAGUUACCAGAGGAGGAGAUUUACCUGGUCUUUUAAUAGGAUGCAAGCUUAGGGAAACCUGUUCUUAGUCAUUAGGUUCUAUGCAGUCAGGUUUUUUACCAGACCUGGGAAUUUAAAAAAAGCUAAAAAGGAAAAAAAAGUAUUUUUUGGAUAAAAAAAAACAAAAAACAAAACUGUAUUUAAUGUACUGUACGCUUAUAUGUAAGUAGACAGCGUGUUCUGGCUUUAAGCCAAUGGGACAGACGCUUGAUUUAGCAAAACGAGCCCCCCCCCCAGUCCCAGUCCCCCCCCCUUCCCAGUCCCCCCAAAGUCCUCCAUAACCCCCCAACCUCACUUUCCUGUUCCAAGCCCCAGCCCUGUUUCCAUGGUGAACAACGCGUCUCUUCUUGUAUUAUAGCUUAUCAGCUUUUUAUCAAUAUUUGAUCGGCUUGUCCAUAAGCCAAUGUAGUCUUCAGUACAAAGUGUGUGGUUGUAUGUUGUAAAAGAUUUUCUUUUUUCUCUCUCUCUCUCUCUCUCUGUUUUUUAAGACAAAUCUUUUCUCUUAUUACUUUUUCUUUGUCUGUUCUGGUUUACAUGUCUAUUACAGAAAAUGUAAAAAACAAAAUAAAAACAAAAACAAAACAAAAAAAUACAAUACAAUUCUCUAUCCGACAGCAUUGUUCUCUGUCGGUGGUCAUUUUGACGCGGUUAAAAUCUUACCCAAUCAACAGGAAGGCACGGAAACUGGAAAAGAAUCUAUUUGAAUAAAUCAAUCUAUAUAUAAAUGUACAAAAAAUAUAUACAAUAUAUAAGGAGGGUGCCGUUUUCUGUUAUUUUUUUAUUUUCUGUUGCAAAGGAGUGUUUGCUUGGGGAGGAAUUAUUUUCUCAAAGACUGAACUGGCAGAAGUUGGCGAGGCCCCUCAGUGUUAUAAAUUUUCAACUGACUUUGUUGUGUUCUCUGUUGUUGCCAUGACAACACCCUCUUGACUAGUACGGCACCCUGCGCAGGACAAAAUGGGACUGGAGUUCCAUCAGCUCCAUUCACUGCUAUCUAUCCAAGGCAACAACACACAGACGUUUGUAAAUUGUAUGCAACAAAAUGGCAAACUUUACCAUUAUUUUGAAAUUGUGUAUGUAAAAGUUAUAUUUUUACAUGUAGACUGUUGUUAUUUUGUGUUUUAGAAAUAUGUUGUAUUGGUUUUUUUGUUAAAAGAUGAAAAAGUAAAAUUCAGUGUGUGUUGAAAAAAUGUGUCACAUUGAAAAUGUAGUGAGGUCAAAAGUUCCGAAAUCUUUUUUUUUUUUUUUUUAACAUUUGUUUAUAUCUGUGGGGAACAUUUUUGAGGGUGUAAGGGAGGAAUCAUAAAUCAUAAAAGAUAUCUGAUAUUCGUUUAAUUCUUCAUGCCUCAUGACAUUACCAUUUUUAAUUGUAUUUUUUGCAGAGAAAUGUGUAAAUAGUCAUAAAACACUUUCUGUGGGGUUUCUGUGGGGUGAGGGCUUGCCAGUGAGAGGCGAUGAUGAUGAUGAUGAUGAACUUGUUUUGAGUUUUAGUGAGGUUGUAUUCGUCUGGUUACAGUAGCCAGGUGCCAACUUUUAGUUUCAGUCAGUGGUGCUCAGUACUGUAUGUGGUUUUGGUUGCCGAACAUCUGAGGUGUAAGUCAAAUUAUUGUCUUUGCUUGCACCAACAAUCACUCCUGUCAGAGCCAGCACGAGCCAUUUUUGGGGUUUUGUGAAGGAUUUCUUUUGAUUUAAUACAAAAUAAAAUAAAAAAAACAUUUAUGAAAAAAAAUAAACCUAAAGACUAACUGUUCUGUAAAAUAAAUAUUAAUCAAAAACACAGGAUACCAUAACUCAAAACAAUACGUAAUGUUAUGACAACAGCUAAACUGAGGAACCCAAAGAUUGCUCGUGUUCAAUUCACUUUGUCACCCUUAGUGGCUGUGGGCUGGCUCUGACUCCUGUGCAUUUAUUUCCCUCAAAAUGGCUUGUAAAUGUUGAUUAAAUGAAAGACCCUCAGCACCUGAUUCAAGAUUAAUAUAUGAAAAUUCUGUAAAGGAUUGGAGUGUUGCUAAUAUAAAACAGCAGGUCGUCAGCAAACAAUCUUAUCAGCUAUUUCCCCAAAAAGAUAUCAGAUAAUGUGCAAGACAGUUUCAGUCAUUUCUCUUCAGUGUUUGCCAUUAAAAUUGAGCUUUUUGUCAAAAGGAAAAGCUGCUUUGAAUUGGACCUUGGUUAAACACUAGGAUUGAAUCUGUCAGUGUAAGUGCUAAAUGUAUUUUUUAAGUAAUGUUAUUUUUACGAUGCUUCAUUUCAUAUUUUCUCUUUGUUGUAUAAUCGAGUCAUCUCCCGAAUUACAGUAUCUUCAUUUUUAUGUUACCCCUGAUGUUUCUAUUAGCCAAAAUGUUAACUUUUUUUCUUUUCCCUCCUUGUUGUACAUACACACCUCAUUUCUCUUUUUCAGUGACUGUGCCAUGAGCUUUGUAAUCUGUUACUCUGUACCAGUUUUACUGCAAUAAUGAGUUGAAUUCAAAAUGGCCA